AUGGCAUUCUCUAACCGAAGCUUUCAGUGGGGUACAAGCACCCGCUUCCAACCUACUGCACCCAGUGUCAGUGGUUUAACCUCCAGGAAAACGGCCAUCCAAAAGAUUCAGGCACCUAGCGUCUAUGGGGGAGCUGGUGGCUAUGGCACUCGCAUAUCUACCAGCACCAACUAUGGACAAGGCUUCGGUGGGAACUUCCACCUUAAUAUUACUGGUAAUGAUGUGCUGCUCACUGGCAAUGAAAAAUCAACAAUGCAAAAUCUAAAUGACCGUUUGGCUUCGUAUCUGGAGAAGGUGCGUUCUCUAGAAAAGGCAAACUCCCUGAUUGAAAAGCAGAUCAAGGAGUGGUAUGAGAAGAAUACCACAGACGUAAGGCAUGACUAUAGCUCAUACUUUAAAACAAUUGAAGAUCUCCAAAAUAAGAUUGGUGCUGCACAGUUGGAAAAUGCAAGGCUUGUCCUGCAGAUUGACAAUGCCAAACUGGCUGCUGAUGAUUUUAGACUGAAGUAUGAGAAUGAACACCUGCUGAGGCAAAGUGUCGAGAGUGACAUUAACGGACUGAUCCGAGUUCGCGAUGACUUGACUUUGACAAAAUCUGAUUUGGAGUCACAGAUUGAAAGUGUGAAUGAAGAACUAGCUUUUCUUAAGAAGAACCAUGAGGAGGACGUUAACAGACUGCGCAAAGAGGUGUCAGUUAAUGUAGAGGUGGAUGCUGCUCCAAGCAUUGAUCUUGCAACUAUUAUGGAAAACAUGAGACAGCAAUAUGAAGAAAUGGCAGAAAAGAACCGUCAAGAAGCCAAAGAACAAUUUGAAAAGCAGACAGAAGAACUGAACCAGGAAGUAGCAAUCAACGUUGAACAGCUGCACGCCCAAAGGAGAGAGAUCACCGACCGGAGACAGAUCUUUCAGGGUCUGGAGCUAGAAUUACAGUCCCAGCUUAACAUGAAAAAGUCUUUAGAAAGCACUCUGGCUGAAACUGAAGCACGUUAUAGUUAUCAGCUAACCCAAAUACAGGAAACAGUUGCCAAUUUAGAGGCUCAACUGAGGCAACUCCGAGCUGACAUGGAGGGUCAGAAUAACGAGUACAGUAUAUUGCUGGAUAUCAAGACUCGCUUGGAAAUGGAGAUCGCCACGUACCGCCGUCUGCUGGAAGGAGAGGACAUCACACUAGAGCAGGCACUCAGCAAGAGCAUAUUGACCUUCUCUUGUGCCCAAAGUAAAACCACAGACUCCUCAAAGAAAUCAAGUAAAGUUAAGAAGAUCAAGACAAUUGUUGAAGAGGUGGUUGAUGGCAAGGUUGUCUCCUCUCAGAUCGAAGAGAUUGAAGAGAAGAUGUGA